AUGUAUUUAAUUCGAACGCACAGAACAUUUUCUAAACUUAAAACUAUUUUAUCAAGACACUAUUCGCAAGCUGCUUUAGUUGAUCAGAAUGAAUACACUGAAACACCGGAGUAUCCGCCAAUAUUGGAUAUGUCCAUUCCAGGAAGAAAAUUACGAGAAAGGCAAAUUAUUCAUGAGAAAAUAAAAAAACUGAAUACUGUUGAAGAGAAACAAAUGGCUCUGAAUAUGCCACGAUAUUAUGGGUGGCCGUGUGUUAUGCUUCAUGAAGAUAAAGUACCGUAUAAUGCCAUGCCUUUAGUUCAAUGUUACACUAGAACUCAUUUCAUACCUUCAGAAAAACUUCCCGAUUCUUAUGCAGAUAAUACUUCUACAGCAGAGGAAAUCACAAAAGAAGUAAAAUCAUUUAUUGAAGAUGCUAUAUGUAUUGAGUCAGAGGGAGUGGAUCGUGAGGUAUUGCUGUCUACAGACAAAUCAGAACUCAGCCAAAAAGAAAAUGCAGUUGCAAAGUGCAUCGUAAAGCAGAUCAAUAGAAUAAUUUGUAAUAAUCUGACAGACAAAGUUCCUCAUAUAUUGUCCUCACAGGUAGACUUUGAACCACGUCAUGAAGCAUUCUGGUUUGUUGGAGGGGUAGAUAUCCCCACUUCAGUACGCCUUUGGCGCCAAAAGUACAAGUGUUAUGAAGAAAGAAUGGACGAGAAUGUUGACAGGCCUGUACAAUACAAAGGUACUCCUCUCUUGACAUUGAGAAACAAGCUGCCUUUGAAACCCAUUAUACCUUAUAGUGAAGCAAAAAAUCCUGAUUUCAAAGUACCAAAAUUUACCUAUGCCCCUAACAAUAUUGGGUACUUUCAGGAAUUCAGACAUGGGACUAAUAUACCAGGAUAUUGGCCUGGUGAUUAUGAUGAGUUUGGUGUGCUGUCAUAUCAUGGCAGGGGACACAUUCUUGAUAGAAAAGAUACUUUUGGACCUGAAGAUAACUUGGAAGCACUACAUUGUCAAGCUAUGAAGGCUAGUUUUGGAUGGCUACUUGCACAAGCAAAUUUCCAAGGAUUUACUACAUACAAUGACAUAACAUAUCCCUUGGUAACACAAACAGUAAUCACAAAUGGCCAACUUUGGUCUUUUUAUGCUUACCAACUGAACACAAUAGUGAUGCAUAAUGAGCAAAUGGAUGAAAACCCUAAACAUAAUGUUUGCUUUGGUACAAAGCCAAUGAAACUGUAUGAUAACAUAGAAAAUGGAAAAGUUAAUGGUUUAAAUGAAGAAGUCUUAAAAAUGUUAGUACAGUUCUACCUGAACUCUCCAGAGGAACGUGAACAUGAUUUGAAGCCAUUCUUAGGAAAAGAAGAGCAGAUUGUUGCAGAUAUAGAAGAUGAUAAAAAGCGGUGUUGGCUAGAAAGCAGAUAUAAGCAUUUAGUAUCAAAUAGGCCCAAACACUUUUUGGAACCAGAAGUAUAUCUGUGGGAAAAGAUUUAUAAAAUAAAAUUUGAUACACGAUACCAUGAGAAAAAACGAAGGCCAUUUGAACUUGACAUAAACCCUUACAAGAGACGUUUGGACGAACAUUUGCCACCUUAUAUUCCUAAAGUUCUCCGACCAUAUCCAAGAAGCAAGAAGAAGUUCGAAACCACUUACUACCCUGAUGUGUAAAAUUAAUUAUUACUUUUGUAGUUUUCAUUUUAAUUGUUAUUUCAAUAAAAAUGUAGUGUAAGAAGAAAAA